CAUUUCACUCAUUUCAGUUUGCAUUUAAGGUUAUCAAUUAGGUUCUGUUUUCUCGCAGAAAUCGUCACAAUGCAAAUUUUUGUGAAAACCCUUACGGGUAAGACAAUCACUCUAGAGGUCGAGCCAUCAGAUACGAUAGAAAAUGUAAAAGCUAAAAUUCAAGACAAAGAGGGCAUUCCUCCGGAUCAGCAACGUUUGAUCUUUGCUGGUAAACAACUGGAAGAUGGACGAACCCUUUCUGAUUAUAACAUCCAAAAGGAAUCUACUCUUCAUUUGGUGUUACGUCUUCGUGGUGGUAUUAUUGAACCUUCUCUUCGACUGCUAGCUCAGAAGUACAACUGCGACAAGAUGAUCUGCCGUAAGUGUUAUGCAAGAUUACAUCCUCGAGCAACCAACUGCAGAAAGACUAAAUGCGGACACACCAACAAUCUCCGCCCCAAGAAGAAACUGAAAUAAGCUCUAAUUUCAAUGAACAUUGUGAAUUGUGAAUUAAAAUUCCAAUUAAAAUGUAUUUGUUAUAUUUAACUUAUCCUUGUAAUAUCUUGUACAUUACAGUUCACAUGUGAGAUUCAUAUACUCGUACAACAAAUAAAAGAAUAAAAAUUUCAGACGAGUACAAUGUACUGACCAUAGAUUAUACACAUACUCAGUAA